AUGUUACAUAAUCAAGAACGUAAUCGUUUACCCGUAUUUAUACCAAUGAAUGACUACGAAGUUUACUUAAUCAAUCGUUCAGCAAAUACAAAUUUAUUACAUUAUCGAAUCCAAUUAUCACAGAAAACACGUUAUUUUAGUAUUGAUACAGAAUCAGAUCGUAGUACGUAUCGUCCGUCAUUAAUUCGAGUGGAAUUUAUUCAUCAAGAUUUAUCUGCUGUUAUAUUAUUCGAAGUCUGCCAUUUACAAAGGGAAGAACAAUCUUAA